AUGCUUCGCAUCCAACAACAAGCAAGCCUAUCGGUGUUGUUGAAAGAGUCGGUUCCUCUCAAACAAAUUCAUGUUGACGCACGUCUUCGUUCAUUUGCUGCCGAUGUAACACUGACGCAAGUAUUUCAAAAUGAUGAAUCUGUGCCGAUCGAAGCUGUCUACUGUUAUGUGAGCGAACUUGAUCUGUUACAUUGUGAUGAGAAACCAACUAUUCGCUUUGUUAUUCCUACGACAAUUGCGCCACGUUACUCACCAGCAGAAAGAGGUAUCGCCUCACCUGGUGGAACGCAAGCGAACUAUGUUCAAUCAGCUCCAUACACGAUCAAGUUCGAUUGUCAAGUUGACAAACUCGAUCAGCAUGUCGCCUGUAUCUCAUCACCUUCACAUCCGAUUAUGGUUGAUUUUAACGAUGAAGAUUUUUUUCUUGUGACAUUGAGUAAACAAGAUACCCAACUUGAUCGUGAUAUCAUUAUCGAUAUUGAGCUAUCAAAAACUCGAACAAAUACAAUUGUAGCCAUUGAGAAAAGUGCUCUUAUGGUCUCAUUUAUGCCGAACGAAGAAGAUUGUCAACGAGGUUCGAAUAAUGCGAUGAAUGAAUUUCUUUUCGUGAUUGACUGUAGUGGUUCAAUGAAGGAUGACAACAAAAUUGGCUUGGCACGCAAAGCUAUGCUUCUCUUUCUAAAAGGUCUCCCAGUCAAAUGUCACUUCAAUAUUAUUCGUUUUGGAUCUAACUUUUUACCUCUAUUCGGUGAUCAAGUAACACGAGAGUACAACGAGAUGAAUACGAGUCAAGCAGAAGCCUUGAUACAAGGCAUGGAAGCUGAUCUGGGUGGUACAGAACUAUUAGAACCACUACGAUGGCUUAAGAAAAACCACCCACCCGUAGGUUGUGUCAGACAAGUUUUUUUGUUGACCGAUGGAGAAGUGUCGAAUGUCGAUCAAGUGAUCAACCUAUGCCAUGAAAUGGCCUCAAGUACACGCAUCUUUUCAUUUGGCCUCGGUCAUUCGGCAAGUACUUUAUAG